AUGAACUACAAUAGAACAAAUUAUCCACAAUUAUCUCAAGAUGAAAAAAAAGUUACAUCUCGUUGGAUACCCCAUCAACUGAAUGAUGAACAAAAGCAAGAACGAGUUCGACUUUGUCGUGAAAAUUUAGCAAAAUUUCGUGAUGGUUCCUGGCGAUUAUGUGAUAUUAUUACAGGUGAUGAGACGUGGAUUUACCAUAGGCAGAUUCAUCACAAGUCAACAAAAAGAACUUGGAUUGGCGAAGGUGAAUCACCACGUACUAUCGUUCAUCGACGCAAAUUUGAACGAAAAAAUUUAUUUUCUAUAUUCUUUAAAUCAAAUGGUCCUGUUCUAAUACAUGCUGUUGAUAAAAUACGGAAACAAAGAAAGUCAAAUGGUACUAAAGGCAUCAAAUUGCUUCACGACAAUGCUUCACCCCAUCGUCAUUCAGAUGUUAUUAAUUAUUUAACAGAAGAAGGUAUCAAUAUAAUACCACAUCCACCAUAUUCACCUGACCUUGCACUCUAUGAUUAUUGGCUAAAUGAUUACAUCAAACAGAAUUUAACUGAGAAACCAGAUGAAAAAUCAUUGGCUCGUGCAGUUUCCUAG